UAAUUUUUUUUGUACAUACUUACCUACUUAAUUUCAAUUCAAUAUGUUUUGGUAUUUGUAGAAUAAAACAUUAAUUUCACCUUAUCAAUUACGCUGACUCAAAAGUUCUAGUUGGAAUGUAUUUAUCGAAAUGACCAAGGAGAACAGUAUUGAUAUCGAACAAGAAUUGGAUAAUCUUUUGACGACAGUCCAGCCUAAUCUUCAAGAUGUUAUUAAAAGGAGUUUUACCAAUGUCAUACUACAACAAUCAAAAAAUGGUGAACAGAAUAAACGGGACACCUUGGAAGACACAUCAUAUUUUGCCAAAAAUACCCAAGUAAACCUCACAAGACUGGAGCUAGUCAAGCCACCAACAUUCCACGUUCAGAGCCUCUCCCUGGACCUCAAGUCGAUGGGGCUCAAACUAACAUGUUCCUUAGGAGAGGUCAGCGUCAGAGGUCUAUACAGUGCGUUCAAUGAGAACUUGUAUAACCUCAUACCUGUGAUGUCGGAGGGCCAUGUUUUGAUAUCUCUGUCAAACAUGACCGCUGACGUGGAAGUGGGCCUCGUGCUGAAAGACGACGCAUACUCCUUCAUCAACCCUGGGAUACAAUUUGUACAUGAUGAAGUACUUGUCAAGUUGUCAUGGCCGUCACCGCAAAGAGGUGGAGGAUACGAGUUCGCCACCACCGAGCAGUUAGCUAAACAUAUCGAUGACCUGCCGCUAACAGCAGCUAUAUCGUUACCUCUGUACGCGCUGUUGAGAGAGAAAUUGGAAAGUCAUCUGAAGGUGGUACUGAGGCAGGCCACCAGUGUGUCCGACGUCAUGUGUUCAAACCCCAGCCUUUUAGAAGCUUAUAGUUCAAUGGUAGAAUGUUUGGCUCAGAACGGCAACAAAAUAAUAGACAUGGUGCUCAUCAACAUGCGAAGAACUCUGCUGCAGAACUGUCGUGAGGUGCUCGAAAUGCCGCCUCUACAUGCCACUUUUAUGCAUAAGAUAGGAUCGAUAUCAUUCGUAGGCAAAUUUGAGACGGACACGGGAUGGGUGAAGAACUUGUCGACUGUGAACAGGAUCAGUGACGUCAGCGUGAGCACCUCAGACCCCAUGAAGAGCAGUUUCCGCGCCACGCUCAGGAUAAAGGACCUUCAGGUGGGCUACGACGACUACCGCAUCAAGGCGAUGGGCGUGUCGUGCGGUGGGCGGCUGGUGGCCACACUGGUGGGCUGCUCGCUACAUCUGGCGAUGAGCGUGGGCCUGGCGCGGUGGGAACCCUACGCGCAGCUCACUGACCUACGGAUAGACAGGAUGGGCGCCAUGGACCUCCACGUGACGGGGCUGGGCCCGCUGAGCGGCGCGGCGCCGCUGGCGGCCGCGUGGCUGCGCGGCGCCGCGCUGGCCGCCGCCGCGCCCGCCGCCGCCUCACAGCUACAGCACGAGGCGCGCAUCGCUUUACAGGAGUUGCCGCUGUGGGACAUACUGCACGCCAAGCAGUGAUACCCAUAGAAUAUAGCUUAAUUGAGAGUAUGCAGAGAUCGUGGCAAGUGGAAAGAGGUAGUCUCUGCCUACCCCUCCGGGAAAGAGGCGUGAUUUUAUGUAUGUUAUGUAUGUAUGUAUAGCUUAAUAGAGCCCGCCCGCGACUUCGUCCGCAUGGAAACCCUGUCAAUCCCACAGGAAUUUCGGGAUAAAAAAUAAACGUGAGAAAAUGUACCUAUGUUUUGUAAAACUCGAUAGACACACAUCUCUGAUGCGAUCUGACUGAAGCAUUUGAUAGGUACUCAUUAAAUAUAACCUACUAGAGAAACCCUAUCAAUCCCGCGGGAACUCCGGGAUAAAAAGUAGCCUAUAUGUUAUUCUGGAUCUUCAGCUGCCUACAUGUCAAAUUUCAUCGUGAUCGGUUCAGUAGUUCUUGCGUGAAAGAGUAACAAACAUCCAUACUGACAUACUCACAAAUUUUCGCAUUUAUAAUAUUAGUAGGAUGAUGUAGACUAUGACACAUACAACUGGUGGUUCUACACGUCAAAAUUCAGAAGGAAACCGAAAUAUUGCGAGAGGUGGAGCAUUUAUCGUGGAGAUUUAGAUGAUAAUAACAGCGCAGUUUUUGCGCAUCGGGACUCCGUCGUGGCAAGCAAGAGACAAGAAAGUGCAGUCUGGCUAGUAGUUUUUAUAUUCGAAUUCAUGGGGUUCACAUGAUUUCAUACAUUGUUUUUAUUUUUUUUAUUGUGUUCUAUUAUCACCAACGAAUAGAAAUUGUGUGUACAGUUUAUUUGGUCCCGUGUCCGACACUUAUGCUGGGUCGUCAAUGUAGGUACAUUUGGGGUGUCCCUAUUCAGUACAUAUCGUUUCUCUUAGUUAAUUUAUAAUAACUUGCCUCAGACAGACUGUUGUGUGUAGCUUUAUGUUUGACUUUGUAUAUGUUUGUUUUUUUUUUUAUUUUUUUUUUUAUUUGAAUUAAGAUAUAUUUUUUGACUUUUUGUGUAUCUUUUUCAUCGUUCAUCUUUCUUGAAACUUUUUAAGAUGUACUACUUUAUAUGAGAUAUAAUUCCCUGCUGUAAUUCCGCUUAUAUCGUUAUUAUUAUACCGUUGAUCAAGACAGCUUUCUAAUAUCUGAGAAUAUUAUGUUGUGUGUUUGAUGAUAGCUUUUUGCGCAUUGGACAUUGACCUCUAUCUAUGCACAGGCUGUUCCAUACAAAUGACAACUAAUUUUGUGUGGCAUAUGAAGCGCCACUGCAAUCAUUGCGAUUGUCCGGAGAACUAAUUUUGACGUUCAUUGCAAAUGUCUACCGUAAGAGAUUGUGACACCGGCGAAUGUUUUUUUAAAAAUCUUUAUUUUAUUUUGUGAAAUGUUAUUCAUUUGUAGAAAUUGAGCUAAAUAAACGUGAGAAAAUGUGUGUUUUGUAAAACUCGCUACACACACACAUCACUGAUGCGAUCUGACUGAAGCAUUUGAUUGCGUAGAUCAUGGAACUCUUAUGCUCAAACUAGCUCAUUACGGAUUCGACACUGUUGCCAUUGAACUAAUUAAAUCAAACCUUAGUGACAGAUUACAGACGGUAGAUUUAAAUAACACAAAAUCGAAAGGAGCUAACGUAAAAAUAAGCGUUUAGUUCUAUGGACAAUUGUCUUUGCCUUGAGCGCCAAAAUGGCGACACCCAAAUCGUCACAAUAAUAUAAUGACAGCAGCCAGUCCUGUGUGUAAAUAUGAGGAGGUCAGUGGCAUUGCGGUUCCAUCGUGGAUUUUGUACGUUACUUAUGAGCGACAGGAGCAACAAAGAUAGAACAUAACAAUAUAUAAAUAUAAACAGUUGUCAUUCUAAUUAUAAAUUUUAUGAAGUAGGUUUAUCAUCAGGGCCUACAAGCCAUGGAGCCUACAGGCGCCAACGGAGUUUUAGUAAUUUUUUUUGGCAGUUUUUUAUCUUUGUAUUAUUUAUGUAUUUUUUUUAUUAAUAUAUUUUUUUAUAUUUUUUCUAUAUUUCUUAAUUUUUAUUCCUCUCUUUAUAUCGUUGAACAAGGCAGCUUCCUCUUUGAUAUUUUUUCAUUAAAAAAAAGAUAUUUUGUGUAUUACUUCAAUACUAAAGUCUUAUCACGAGAAAGUACCUAUUAAUAUAAUGAUUAAAGUGCCUUAUUCACUUUUAAAGUAAACUUUAUUGAAGGAUUUUAUUGCUGAAUCUAUGUUUAAUUUGCUUAUAAAACAUUUUUUUUUUUAUUAAUUUGUAUACAAGCAUUAUUUUGUGUAAUUUCUUACAUUGACUGUGGCGGCUUUGCAUAAAAUCAAUUGUAAAAAAUACCUAUUAUUUAUUUUUAUCGUUUCAGAUAUAUUGAGCUGUUUCGAAAGGCCAGUUUCAAUUUGAGACUAAUAUACUUUUUGUGUGAAAUGAUUCAACUUUGCACAGUGUCUUCAUCACUAGC